AUGUCAUUUGCCAAGGAUGAUCUCAGCGCGGUGCCCACGACCGGUCCCUUCAUUGUGGAAGUGACCAUCGUGGCUCGCAACGAAGACAGCGCCAAAGAGAUUGUUCGCUACAUUACCGAGAUCUCCAAGGUCGCCUUGUCCGACAAGGAACCCGGCACCACUACCUAUCGCCUUUCGCGCGGGGUGCACGAUUCAAAUUACCUCAACAUAUACGAAGCCUACACUGGGCUCGAAGCUUUCGAGGUUCAUCGCCAGAACCCGGUCCUCAAAGAGUUUCUAGCGGCAGUACCUGGUCUCGCCUCGGAAGUCUUCCCAAAGUUUUACCGCGACUUGUGGCCUCAGUAA